UUGGAAAUUGGUCUGACAGAACAAUCAUGAAUGGAUUAAGGAAUUCAACUGCCUUGCCUGGUGGUCUUCUCCUUUUAAUUGUUGCAUUUUUGCUAUGCCAUGUGGACAAAGUACAUACAGAACAUCAACCUGAAGAAACCAACCAUUCAGCAGAAUGUUCUGGUUCCUAUAUCUGUAAGAAAGGUGUAAUUUUGCCAAUUUGGGAACCUCAAGAUCCUUCAUUUGGUGAUAAAAUAGCAAGAGCUACUGUAUACUUUGUGGCCAUGGUCUACAUGUUUCUAGGAGUAUCUAUUAUAGCAGAUCGUUUCAUGUCAUCCAUAGAAGUUAUUACUUCCCAAGAGAGAGAGAUAACAAUCAAGAAACCCAAUGGUGAGACCAGCAAGACAACAGUAAGAAUUUGGAAUGAAACUGUAUCGAACUUAACAUUGAUGGCUUUGGGCUCUUCUGCACCUGAGAUCCUCCUAUCUGUCAUUGAAGUGUGUGGCCAUGGCUUCAAGGCAGGAGACCUUGGACCAAGCACUAUUGUAGGAAGUGCUGCCUUUAAUAUGUUUGUCAUUAUAGCCAUUUGUGUUUAUGUUGUUCCUGAUGGAGAAAUCAGGAAGAUUAAGCAUCUUCGUGUGUUUUUUGUCACUGCAGCUUGGAGCAUUUUUGCCUAUACUUGGCUGUAUUUAAUUUUGUCAGUUAUAUCACCUGGGGAAGUAGAAGUCUGGGAAAGUUUACUCACUUUCUUCUUUUUUCCUAUCUGUGUCGUGUUUGCAUGGGUUGCUGAUCGAAGGCUUUUAUUCUACAAGUAUGUAUACAAGAAAUACAGAGCUGGAAAGCAGAGAGGCAUGAUAAUUGAACAUGAGGGUGAAGGGCCACAAUCUAAGGCUGAUAUUGAAAUGGAUGGAAAGAUAGUUAAUUCCCAUGUUGAAAGUUUCUUGGAUGGCACUCUGGUCCUAGAGGUGGAUGAGAAGGAUCAAGACGAUGAAGAAGCAAGGAGAGAAAUGGCUAGAAUCCUGAAAGAAUUGAAACAGAAGCAUCCAGACAAAGAGAUUGAACAGCUAAUAGAACUAGCUAAUUAUCAAGUUCUGAGUCAGCAACAAAAGAGUCGCGCCUUUUAUCGCAUUCAGGCUACUCGGUUAAUGACUGGAGCUGGUAACAUAUUGAAGCGACAUGCAGCUGACCAAGCACGAAAAGCAGUCAGCAUGCAUGAGGUCAACUGUGAAGUGGCAGACAAUGACCCUGUCAGUAAGAUCUAUUUUGAGCAGAGCACCUACCAGUGCCUUGAGAACUGUGGCACAGUAGCUCUAACAAUUGCCCGUCGAGGUGGUGAUUUGACCAAAACAGUCUUGGUUGAUUUCAGAACAGAAGAUGGUACAGCCAAUGCAGGGUCUGAUUACGAGUUUACAGAAGGAACAGUGGUAUUUAAGCCAGGUGAGACGCAAAAAGAAAUAAGAGUUGGUAUAAUUGAUGAUGACAUAUUUGAGGAAGAUGAGAAUUUCCUUGUUCACCUCAAUAAUGUGAAAGUGUCAGAACGAUCUGAGGAAGGUGUUCUAGACGGCAACCACGUUGCAACUGUGGCUUGUCUGGGGUCACCUGCUACAGCGACUGUUACAAUCUUUGAUGAUGAUCAUGCUGGCAUAUUUACUUUUGAGGAACCAGUCACUCAUGUAAGUGAGAGCGUGGGGACCAUGGAAGUGAAAGUGCUACGGACAUCUGGAGCUCGAGGAAAUGUUAUUGUGCCAUACAAAACAAUUGAAGGCACAGCCAAAGGAGGUGGAGAGGACUUCGAGGACACCUGUGGAGAGCUUGAAUUUCAGAAUGAUGAGAUUGUGAAAUACAUUACCCUUAGAAUACUUGACCGUGAGGAAUAUGAGAAAGAGUGCAGUUUCUUCCUUGUGCUUGAGGAACCAAUAUGGAUACGAAGAAGAAUGAAAGGUGGCUUCACAAUUACAGAAGAGAACGAAGAGAAGCAGCCUCUGACAGGCAAAGAGGAGGAAGAACGCCGCAUUGCUGAAAUGGGGCGCCCCAUCCUGGGGGAGCACACAAAGCUGGAAGUGAUUAUUGAAGAGUCCUACGAGUUCAAGAACACUGUGGACAAGCUUAUUAAGAAGACAAAUUUAGCUCUUGUGGUUGGAACAAACAGCUGGAGAGAGCAGUUCAUUGAGGCUAUCACUGUUAGUGCUGGAGAGGAUGAUGAUGAUGAUGAAUGUGGCGAAGAGAAGCUACCAUCCUGCUUUGAUUAUGUGAUGCACUUUCUGACCGUCUUCUGGAAAGUCCUUUUUGCCUUUGUGCCCCCGACAGACUACUGGAAUGGUUGGGCUUGUUUUGUAGUGUCCAUCCUCAUGAUUGGCCUUCUCACAGCUUUCAUUGGGGAUUUGGCAUCCCAUUUUGGCUGCACAAUUGGCCUGAAGGAUUCUGUAACUGCAGUCGUAUUUGUUGCAUUGGGAACUUCAGUACCAGAUACAUUUGCCAGCAAAGUAGCAGCAACACAAGAUCAAUAUGCAGAUGCUUCUAUAGGUAAUGUCACUGGUAGCAACGCUGUGAGUUUCCUGGGAAUCGGCGUAGCCUGGUCCAUUGCUGCAAUCUACCAUGCAGCCAAAGGGGAGACAUUUGCAGUCCAACCAGGCAACCUGGCUUUCUCUGUCACCCUCUUCACUAUUGCUUUCAUCAGUGUUGGUGUGCUCCUCUACCGGCGAAGACCAGAGAUUGGAGGUGAGCUAGGUGGGCCACGGACUGCCAAGAUUUUGACCUCAAGCCUCUUUGUGCUGCUCUGGCUCUUGUACAUAUUUUUCUCAUCUAUGGAAGCCUACUGCCACAUAAAGGGCUUCUAAAGAAACAAUUGAAGAUAAUAUCUAUCUAUAUAUAUAUAUAUAUAAUACAUAUAUAUAUAGAAAGAGAGAUAUAGAGAUAUAGAUCUAAUAUUAUUGAACAGAGAAGAAAAGACAUUUGCCAUGUUCACUUACCUAUUGAUGGAAUGUAGCUUUGUGGUAGGAGUUUGAAAUCUGCAGGAGUCUUCACCAGGAGGAGCAGCAUUGCAAUGGAGACGUGGAUGCAGGGCCAUCUUUGCAACUCAGCCUACAAGGUCAUGAUGGAGUUAUUUUGUAUUUCCCUUUCCCCUCCCUCUCUAAGGAGCAGUUGGAUGUCAAAGGGGGUUGUUUGGAAAGACUAACAACCAACUUUAAGUUAUAUCAUAUUGGGCGAAGGACUUAAGUGGGAGUUCUUGACUUUCUGACCAAUAUCUUUGUUGCCUUCUUCAUUAACUCAAGAACAAGCUGAAUCACCACCCUCAAUGACACAUGUGAGUCUAGAGUGACCAACACAAUCCAAGGGGGUUCCAACCCUAUGCUGUUUAUGGGGAGGAUAAUUUUGCUUGAGGUUUUGUUUUGUUUGUUUUUAUUUUUGUUUUGAUCCCUCCUUAACUGCCUGGUUGUUCAGAUGUUAUUAAACCACAGAUAACCCUUUCCCAUUUUUUUUCAGAACUCUAUUUAUGACCAGCACUCUCUUAAAAGAAAAAUAGCCACCUAAACCAUAUUUAAUCAAUUCUCCGUUUGCUCCAGACUGUGGAUUAUAGACUCAUGCCCGAAGCCCUAGCAUUUUUUCCUGUAUUUCUGACAUAUUUUGUCAGAUAAAUUUCAGUUCCCUCCUAUGCCCUUUCCAUCUACCAAUAUUUGCUGCUAUGCUCCUUCUCAUACUCCAAAUUGGGAAUGCUUUCAUUGUACUUGUUGUAAUACUUUGCAUGAAUGAAGCAAACCAUAAUCUGUAAUAUAGCAUUGAAUAGUGAUAGUGAAGCUGACCGACCAUUGAAAAUGCAAGCGUGUUUCUUUCCAUAUCUUUUCUUUUCAAUGAACAGAGUGAGAGUCCAGAAAUGGCUGGUAUUCAUUCUGUUGUUCAGUAUAAGGUUCCUAAGAAGCAAUAACCAAGAGCUGGAGAAAGUCUUAGGUUUUAAAGGAAGAAACUGUGCAAGUUUCAUCACAUAGAAAGGGAUCUGUUUACCAGUCAAGUACAAGGACUCGGAAAGUUGUUUAUACUGAGUCAAGCCGGUGACCUAUCUAGCCCAGGACUCUCACUUAGAGUGAUUCUCUGAGAUCUCAGGGAGAAGCUUAUCCAGCCUGUAACUAUUUUAACUGGUGAUUCCAUGAAUUGAAUUGUUGGAUAGUUGACAUGCUAGCAUGUGCUUUACCACUGAGUUGUGGAUGAAUUUAGCCUGUUUAUUACUAGACUGUUGGAAUUAAUUGGGACUUAAUGUUCAUUUUAAGUAUGAACAGCUGUGUUUAACCCUAAAUCACCAGAACAUCCUUGAGCUUUUUUUUCAGUCACCCAUUUUACACAGAGUAUUUAUGCUGCAUGUGCUCCAGAUGCCAAUUCUUUGGUCUCUUGCAUUGCUUAUUCUCUCUGAUCCUGCUCUUGCUCUAUGGAAAUCGCUGACAUUUGUAAAGGGCAACCCACCCUCAGAAUACUGUAAUUCAAAUUAAUUUUUCCAUGCUGGAGUUAAAAAGUUCUACUACCCAUUGGCCUUCAGAACAACAAUGGGUCCUAGCAAGAAAUGUGGCACUAUCUGCAUUGUCUGGCAGUGAAUUGGCAUUUAGCUCCAUAAAUUAAAAAGUAUCAGUAUUGUUGUAGACAUUGAUGAGUACAUGUGAACAAUGUACAUAUCAAUGUUCAGAGUAGAUUAAUGUACCAAAAAGGAGCUUUACUUGGGAACUAUCAUUCAGGGGCAGUGCAACUGAACAGUCCAAUGAUAUUUAUUUCGUAGCUAGUUUGUCUAUUGAUUUCUCCAUACGCUGUCUUUCUAUUAUUAUUAUUUUUCAUUUUUCAGAAUUAUCUCACCACUACAUCUGAAAUAUCUAAAGCAAGCAAAUCUAAACGGGGAUUAGAGAGAAUGAAACUUAUUGAAACAAUUCAUUUUCCUCGUUUCUGUUUCUUUCUUUCUGUUUUUUUUUUAAUUCUCUUUAUGGGUGCCAGAGAAGUAAAAUGUGCAUGGCUUUGCUGCUUCCCUAGUCACACGGAAGCAGUGUGGGUAGCCAUGAGCAGUACAGGGUUUAUACCUUAAAAAUCGUCAUAUAAACACUGUUAUUGCAGUUGUAACCGCACAAUAGCCUGUUCUGAAAAAGGAAACUGACAAGUAAUUAGGGGAAAAACAAAGCCAUUGAUGUUCCAUAUCAUAAAAAUAUAGUCAUGUUUACAAUGAUAAGGAGCUGUUCUCUAAAUAUCAAUGGAGAAUCUAUGGGCCUUUGGAUAUUAUUGGACUCCAGUUCCCAGCAGUAUGGCCAGUAGUUCAGAAUCAUGGGAGUGAUAUUCAGUAAUAUUUGAAGAGUCUCAGGUUAAUCCAUCUCCAAUUGGAAAAUGAAAAGAUAUAUAUGUAAAAUAUAUUUCUCAUUGUCACUUAGCAGUGCUGCUGGAUGUUGGUUGAAAAAAAAUCUGUAGACAUAUUUCCAAGUAUUUCUCCCCAAUAUAUAAUGAUAUUCUUUUGGGAGUUUGUAAUUUCUCCUUUAUUCACGGGGGGGGGGGGGGGGUGUAUGACUGAUAAUAAACAAUUCUUCUAUCACCCAUUUUCUCAUGGAUACUUUCUCAUACACAUACGGUAUAUUACGGUAAGCGAAGUGACUGUAUGAAUUCACAUCCUUAAAAUCCUACUAUCCUUAAAUCAUACAACCACCGAUUUGGAAAUGACCUGCUCAGUGCAUUAAUUAAAUGGAAAAAACCAGAAUACCAAUGCUGUAGAAAAAAAAUCACUCUAUAAAACUGCAAAAACAUUAGGCAUAUUUCAAGCCGUGGGGAAACUAAUUGUAAUACCAUAUAAUGGACUGAGUGAAUAAAGCAAAAUAAGAGAUGGAUUUCUUUUUAUCACGUUAGAAUUUCAUACUAGAUUUUUAUCUGUAUAUGGUAGCCCAGACUCAUUGAAAUUAAUGGUACGUUUGCCGGAGUAAUGAAUUGGAUGCCUCAGGUAUUUAGGGAUUCCACUCAAUACAAUGCCUAGCAUUUUCCCAUUCAUUUCAAUGCAGAGGCUACCUGUGCAGAUGCUGUUUCAUUUGUGCAUGACAUGUGCACACAGAAAGCUUUAAAAGGCCUAGUCUACAUCACCAGUGAAUGUACACAUUAACUGUAACUAUCUCAGAUCCUUAAUGGCAUCUUUUAAUCUAGCUAUAAAACUAAAAAAUAAAAGUUGUUCUCACAUCACCUGGUUAAAAAGAUGAAAGUUAGACUAGGCUUUCAAUCAUUUUGAACAAUCUGUGGAAUGCUUGAAUUCUGAGUUUUCCUUUUAUUUAUUUUUCUGUAAAUUGUUUUUCACUUUUGAAGGCUUUUUGUUCUCUGUUAAUUUCAUUUGAUUUGUGUUAUGGACUUGGAGGUGGGGGGUGGGAUAACAUUUGGGUUG